AUGUCAAUAAGAAAAGAGCCAGGAGGUUUGCGAGUAUUUUUCACUUAGACCUAUCUUCUUGAAAGCAAUUCCCAACAACAAGGAGAGAUUGUCAAAACUUGUAUGAGAGAGCUACAGAGGGCUGUAUCUCGUGUCCAGCGAGAGUAUUCACAAACUGGUGUAGACUUAUUCAAAUCAGAGUGCAAAAAGACAGAAGAAGCAAUUAAUAUCUUGAAAAACUUAAAGCCACAAACAAAAAGAGAGCAAAUGGAACGGCAAGCUUUAGUCGAUAUACCAUUUUCUUUAUAAAAAAUAAUAUUUUAUAAAUAAUUCCACUAUUAGCUAUUUUUAUUAUAAAAUAUACAUACACCAAACAAUUCUCCAGACUUCUUGAAUCAAUGCACAAGUUCAAUGAGUCUCAAACAACUAAUCAAAAUUUGCAACAGCAAGCACAGCUACAAGCUCAAGUAUAUGAUGAAGAUAUAUUAAGGGACAGACAGAUUGAAUUAGGAAAAAUUGAAGAAUGCUUACAAGAGGUCAAUGACAUGAUGAAAUAUUGUGCAGAAACCGUACAAGAGCAAGGGGUGGUACUUGACAGAAUAGAAAAUCAUGUAGAUGAUGCAAGUGAAAACAGUGGUCAAGCUGUGCUGGAGCUGAAUAAAGCAGAAGAAUAUCAAAAAAAAUCGCAUGGAAAUUGCAAAAAAAUAUUAUUCUUGCUAGCUGCGAUACUUUUGGUAUUUUUUUUAUUAAUGUACACGUAUAGUUAA